ACUGGGCAGGAUCUGUGGCUCCGGAGUCAGCUGUUUCCCAAGCAACUAAGGCUGGUGUUGAGCCAAGAUGGCGGCCCACGAAGCGCUAGUUUCCGUUUUAAUCGAGAGCAUGGGGGCGGGUCUAGAACUGCAUCACAGCUGAUCUGGAGGCUUUCCCCCCCUUAAGUUGUUUUUUGCAGAGAGCAGCUUUGCAGAGCUUCACUGUGGGGACCUCUCUCUCUUGUUUUCUUUCUGUCUUUCUUGUUAUUUUGGAGCCAGCGCUUUGUUCAAACUAGACCCCAGUUUUUCCUCAACCCUAUAUCGGAUUUAAAGCCCAGCGCAGUUCCAUUAUGCCACUUCUUUUCAGAAUAAACUGCUUUUAUCGCAAUUUUUCACCCGUGUACCCUCGUCUUUUUGUCAUCCACGGACAAUUUAGCCCGGGUCUGACCCACUUUUAGUGUUUUUGCCUUCACAGCAUCCAAUGCGUUAGUGCGAGCCGUCAGUGGAGAUGUUUUCGGCAGGAGAGGAGCUUAAUUCCCAUUUGUUUACCUCACUGAAGGAGUCCCAUGGAGCUGCAAUCUCCCCAACACUGGAGCUCAGUCUAACUACCAUCUACACCGUCCUCUACUCUUUCUUGUUUGUUUUCGUGUACCUGCAGCUCUGGCUCAUUUUGCACUACGGACACAAGCGCUUCAGCUACCAGAGUGUGUUUUUGUUCCUGUGUCUGCUGUGGGCAGCGCUGAGGACGACCCUCUUCUCUUUCUACUUUAAAAAUGUGGUGCAGGCCAACCAGCUGCAGCCUCUGGCCUACUGGCUGCUCUACUGCUGCCCUGUCUGCCUGCAGUUCUUCACACUCUGCCUACUCAACCUCUACUUCACACAGGUGAUGUUUAAGGCUAAAGCCAAAUAUUCCCCAGAGCUCACCAAAUACAAGGUUCCUCUGCGCUUGUUCUUCCUGUGUCUCAGUAUAUUUUUCCUGGUGGUGAAUUUAACUUGUGCUUUGUUAGUGCAAGGAGCUCUGGAGCGCUCCGAAUCACCAAGCGAUGGGGGUAUCAGACAUGCAGUCCUGGCUCGUGUCUUGAUCAACGACAGUCUGUUUGUCCUGUGUGCUGUCUCUCUGGCCGUCUGCAUCUUCAAGAUAGCCAAGAUGUCCUCCGCCAACGUUUACCUUGAAUCUAAGGGUACAUCGGUGUGCCAAGCGACAGCCAUAGGAGCUGUGGUGAUUCUGCUCUACACAUCCAGAGCUUGUUACAACCUGGUGGUGGUGUCCAUGUCACCACAGGACAGACCCAGUCCCUUCAACUAUGGCUGGUACAGCGUUUCUGAUCAGGCCGAUGUGCAGGAGAUCAGCGGUGAAGCCUACAUCGUGUUUGGGAUCAUUCUGUUCUUCUGGGAGCUGCUACCUACAAGCUUAGUGGUGGUUUUCUUCAGAGUGCAGAGACCCAACCAAAAUCUGGCUCCAGGAGGGAUGAUCAACAGCCACAGUUUCAGCUCCAGAGCUUAUUUCUUUGACAACCCUCGACGGUACGAUAGUGAUGACGACCUGUCCAGAAGCAUUAAUAGCAGGACUGAUCGGGCCAGUCUCCUCUCCACCACUCCCCAGCUUGGUACGUCUAGUUGGUAUGGCUCCAUCCAACGCAACGGGACUCUAACAGCGGGCGUUGCGCCCACUCAGCAACCAGCGCCAUCUUCCACGGCGCCCCUCCUCUUUGCAUACGGAAACAUCCAAAAUCACAAUCACCACCAUCACAACUAUUACUCCACCCCGCAGAACAACUACCACCAUCAUCAUCACAGUAACUUCUAUUCCACGCCACAGAAUUAUUACUGCGGGUCGCAAACCUAUUUCUGCACCCCACAGAAUUAAGCAGGGUCCAUCGUAAAAGACUAAUAACUAACAAUUUCCAGGCGUUUUUGUCACCAUUUCGCUUCCCCAGAUGCAUCAAAACAGGUACUUCUGAGGCAUUGCUCCGGAUCAGAUUGGGCCUAAAACUUGGUUCGAAUUAUUCCAGAGAAAUGUGGCGGCGUCAGCAACUGGGAAGUUGAACAUAUUUACAUGUAUGGACCAGAGUGAAAGUAGAGAAAUACACCAAGUACAAAGACCAAACUUUUUAUGAUAACUAUUUCGGACAGAAUAGUUAUCAUUUCUGAGACUAGAACUAUCAGGGACCAGAUAAUCAACAUUCUCAUCAUCCUUUUUCCAUUUUUCCUUGUAAAUGUAACCCAAUCGUACUAUGAAACAUAGCGUUCUACUCAGACAGGAGCCAUGUAGCAGGCUUAUCAAGCUAAUGUGGCCAAUGCUAAAGCUGCCAUUGUCUGUCUGUCGAUUGUUCGGGAAGCAAAUACAUAAUUACCCAGCAUUUGUCAACCUAUUAUUUGGGUUCUGUGACUGACUUUAAUCAUGAAAAUGGUCAUUUAAGCUGGAAAAGAACAGUGAAUGAUGCUAAACCUAAGCUAGCUUGAGGUUCAAUCCUUUAAAAAAGGCUUUUCUGACAAUGAAAACCAAAUGAAUUGCACCUUUACAAAGGGCGUUUCAUGGCGUUUCUCACUUUUACGUCUGGUUACAUAAGACAGGAAUUAGCUGUUGCUAAUUUGCCAUCGGCUGUUGUAGCAGUGAGAGCUAGCUUGUAGCCAGUUAGCUUCAACUUAAAAGAGUCCUAGCACGACUGAAAUACAAAAGCUAAUCAUACUUUUACAUAUUUUCUUGUCGGUGGCAAAUUUGUUUUUUGUUUUUUUUUAUUUCGUGGUUGUUAAUUUUGGUGCCACAAAAACUACAAAGUUGUACAAACUCUUCCGUUAGCAAGCUUUAGCCUCCAUACGGAGUCCUGCUUUACUCAUAUUUUAGUUUGCAAUGUAAAAUAAGCUUUUUACAUAACUGAAAUUACCGGUCAAUUUAUCUCUAGUGUUCACAGAUAUCAUCCAUGUAAAGUGCUUACAGCUUAUAGGCUUAUAUGUAGCUGCCAUAUGGGUGUUAUUGUCAAUCUGAAUAGCACAAGCUUGGUCAAUACGUAAGUGUAUAAAUGCAUUUACGACAUAAUUAGCGGUGGAGGAACCCGUUUCAACAUGACUUUAAGGCUCAGACUCAGGCUUUAACUAAAUCUGCUCAGUUACAUGAACAUGCCACAAUCUUUUUCCCACAAGUACACACACUGUCGGGUUGUUGAAUGUUGGGGGGGGGGUCUAAAAACAUAUCAUUAGAUUUAUGCAGCAGUAGCAUUAUCAGCAUCAAAGUAACAAUAUGUAAUCUACAUUGAACAUUGGAGUAGAAAUCAGGGUGGACGUGUCUAUAACAUAUUUUUGACCAAAAACAUUUGAUGUAGUCUGAUCCUUUGUGAGCUGUGAGGCAACAAUUUGCACUUAGAGGACAUUCACCUUCAAAGUAAAGGCUUUGGGCCUGAAUGUAGGAUUUCAUAUCCUACUCCUUCUAUGUAUUUUAAUCAGUAAUCGUAUGUAUUCUAUAUUUUACUAUUUAUCCUUUGAGAAAGGAAAAUAUCAUUGUGCCAUCACAUUUUGUCAUAUCUAAUAGUUUCAUUCCUUAUGGAGAAUAUUUUUGCACAAGAAACCGUUGGAUGAUUUUUUUGAUUGUUUGUGUGUCUUUCCGAGUUAAUCGAUUUUUAAUCCAUGUGUGUGAAGUGAAGUUUUGAGUCGGUACGUUUGUGAUUUCUUUCGUUUUGGAAGUCUGUUUUUAUACUUUUUUUUUUUUUUACAUCAACUUUUAUUGUUUAACAGAUUUUAUAGUUUAUUUUUUAUCACUCUCCCUCCAUCCUGUCAUUAUCCCUAAUCCCACACUGAAUCUCAUGACAGACUACAGCCUGUGAGCAAUAUUUCACUUUUAACAUUUUCAUAAUAACCCGGUUCUCGAUGUAUCCGUUUGUCAGGAAAAUAUGCGACCCAUAUGUUCUUGAACACUGUGGUACUUUACUAGACUUCAGCUGUCAUGAAACUCAAUCUGUAAAUGACCAUGCAGACUUCAUACAGAAAAACAGGUUUCACAGGAAAUAAAAUGAUGGAAAUGAAGUUUCCAGCGGCUCCAGCUGUUCGCCUAAAAGAAAAAUUUGCAACAUUUGCAGUGCAUGCUUCUGCAUCCGAGUGUCAUAUUUUCUUUCCAAGGUGAUAUUAUUUGUGUAAAAAUGUUAAUUGCUCAACCUGCUAUGAAAAAAAGGCAGUGAUAAUUGUUUCAAGAGUUGUUUUAUGUUAUGGAUUGUUUCAUCCGUGGCCAUACUGAAUGUAAUCUAUGUGCGACAGAUCACUAACGAUGUAUGCAAGAAAAGCACUACCAUGUUUAAAUAAAGGCCUCCUGCACUGUUUUUAAGACAAA